UAAAAACGUUAAAAGUCAUUCAAAAACAAAAUUGGAUGAUUAAUUUUGAGCCACCGUGUAGUCUUUUUUUCUGUUUUUUGCGGAAACACGCUCAUUCCACAGUACCUAUCAAGAGGUUUGUAGCCCAGGCGCAGCAACGCAGAGUUAAACCAUCCGCCUUAUUCGAUAGAUCUCAAAUCAAGCGUCUUGUAUCUAUUCCUUGAGGUGAAAUCUGCAUCAAACGGCACGCGUACUAAAUGAGUUGGCAGAAGAUGACUUCCAGUGAAUGUCAAUGAAGAGUCAGAGUAAAUGUAAACAACAAAUGAAAGAGACCAGUGGAGAACCGCAAAAAGCAAACGCACGUGUAGCUUAAUAAACCGGCAUUUAUUAAAGAGAAUCUACAUACAUAUACAUAGCAGCGGCAGCUCACCAUUCAUCCAAUGGAUUCUAAAAUUGAGGAUGAACGAGUGCAAAAUGAGUGCACACAGCAGCAACAACAGCACAGCCGUUGGGAGAAAUUCAAAAGGAAUUGCAUGUCCCCAUGGUAUAAAAAUAUCUCAGUGGAACCCUCUAUGUUCCUGUACAUGUUUGCUUUCAUGAUUACCUCAGUGGUGGAACAGGAUUUUUUCGUACAGAAAGCAUGUCGAGUGAAUAAUAAUUUCACUGAUGAAAUAUGCUCAAAUAUUCAAGCUGAUGAGAAUGCUUACUAUAAAAAGCAAGUACAGAUCACAACCGCAAAAUUCUACCAAAUAGAGGCUAUCUCAGCGCACAUAUUUCCCAUCAUAUUAGCUCUCUUCCUCGGUUCUUUCUCUGACCGUCGUGGGCGAAAAUUUCCGCUCUUAAUGGGCCUGACUGGUAAAUUCAUCUAUUCGGUUAUGAUCGUUGUGAAUGCACGAAUGAAAACAUGGCCACUGGAGUAUGUAAUUUACACAGCUACGCUGCCUGCGGCACUAACUGGAGCAGACGUGGCCAUAAUGGCUUCAUGCUUUGCCUACAUCUCGGAUAUUUCAACGGUAAAAAAUCGAACGCUACGUGUAACCAUCCUUGAUGUUUGUUAUCUGAGCGCUAUGCCCACGGGAGUUGCUUUAGGUUCCUACCUUUUUUACUAUGCAUUUAAUCAGUCGUAUGCUGAUAUGUUUACCGUGAAUGCCACACUGUUGGCACUUUCCAUAAUUUACACAAUUUUCGUGCUGAAAUGGCAAACGACGCCUAAGCAACGUUCCCUACGCGAACUCGGCGGUUGUGGUUUCUUCCCGGACUUCUUCGAUAAGGAGCAUGUAAAGGACUCCGUCAACGUUUUGAUUAAGCAGCGGCCAGGCCAUCGCCGCCCAUUUCUCAUCAUAUUACUGAUUUCCAUGGCUCUGUACACAUUUCAGCGCGAUGAGAGUCAGUAUUUGUUCAUUUACACAACAUUCAAAUUCAAUUGGAAUGUCGAUGUGUACAGCACAUUCAAGACAUUUAAGUCGUCCGCCUAUGUGAUAGCAAUGCUGUUGGCAGUGCCAUUGAUGAAUAAAGGCUUUCAUUGGAAGGAUACAACUAUCAUCUUUAUCGGCGCUUGGUCUCACACUAUUGCCCGAAUUUUUUAUUACCUCGCCAAUACUGGCAAACUAUUUUAUGUAGGUGCUUUAGUCUGCAGUUUGGGUCCGAUUGUGGGUCCAAUUAUACGCGCAAUGGCCUCGAAGAUUGUACCUCUAUCAGAGCGUGGCAAAGUGUUUGCUCUGCUGUCGGUUUGUGAUAAUGCUGUACCGUUUAUUAGCGGCGUUUGUUAUUCGCAAGUUUAUCGUGCAACCUUGAAUGAUGAUGGCAAGGGCGGGCAGGGUGUUUUCCUGCUAACCAUCGCUACGCAAUUAGCCGUCUUCGUUUUGAUACUUGCUGUUCAUGUUAUUCUCGGCGAAAAUUCAUUGGCUGUUCCAGAAGUCACCGAGAAGGAGUCUCAACUUAUACAUGCCAGCAACGAGAUUGAAGCUGCUCCUCCCCAAGUUGGUAACAACGAUGGUGUUGUUGAGAAAGCUCAAAUCGCUGUUAUAAGCGGAAAUGUUACGGAAAAUAACGCCGCGUAGAAUUGGAAGUUUUUAUUCGUGUGAAGAGAACAAUUCAGUUUUUAUUUAUAAGAAUGAACGCAAAUAGAUCCGGAGUGCCUGCUUGAAAGUAGAAGUUUGAAAAAAGACUGUCGGUGUGUGUUUUGAUAGAAGAUCUAAAUAAACAAAAUAAAUUUGCCAUGUAAAUAAAAUAUACAAGAAUUUAUAAACCUUGUAUCUAACGGGA